AUGAAAGCUUUGGUGGAUGCGUACCAAGCGGGUACCGCUUUUCCGCAGUACGGUUUCAGCGAUCGCCUCGACGGAGCUCGUCAACAAAGUGCCACCAAAUACACGCUACUCAUGAGUGAGAUCCUGCACUCGUCAAGUAAACGGCCGGGUUCACGACAUGCGUACACCUAUGAGGACCUCGUCAUUAGUUGCACCUACAACGCCAAGUCCUGCAACACAACAGACUUUCGCGAGUUCUACGACCCAUCUCAUGGUAUUUGUCAAACGUUCAACUUCGACGGCAACAAGACUUCGUCAAGAGCAGGACCCCUGUACGGUCUGCGAAUGGUGAUCCGAACUGAUCAGGCGAAAUACCUGCCGUGGACAGAAACUGCCGGAGUCAUCAUGUCCAUUCAUGGCAAGAGUGAGUCGUGCUUCCGCAACUGUCUACAGGAACGGAUCGUGACCGACUGCGAAUGUUAUGAUCCGGCUUAUCAGCAUGCAGAUGACGGCGGAGCUACUCCGAGCUGUGCUGAUGGAAAUCAAACUGAAAACUUGGCCUGCAUCGAACGUAUUGAGAACUCAGAUUCCGGCGAAUUCAACAUCAUCAGGGACUGCGAUUGCCCACAACCAUGCGAGGUUGAUUCGUACUCUGUGACGGUGUCCACUGCAAAAUGGCCUUCGACUGCUUAUAAGCCUGAAGAAUGCCAGAAGAACGCGCCCGAUUCAGCGUGGGCAGCAGCGAAUAUGAACUGCUUGGAAUGGUACCAGAAAAAUACUCUCCUGGUGGAGAUCUACUACGAGCGCAUGAACUACCAAGUGCUCACCGAAUCACCUGCUUACUCGUUGGUGAAUUUGGUGUCAGAUGUGGGCGGUCAAGUGGGUUUGUUCCUUGGCAUGAGCAUCAUCUCUGUGAUCGAGCUGCUGACGCUCGUGUUGCUCCUUGUGUGCUACUGUGCCACCCACAAAAGUCGCAAACAAGAAAUUGCUUCAAUCGAGCAGGAAUCACACAACGCUAAGGAAAAAGCGGAUCGAAUGGCGGCGCGAAAUCGUCGCGCGAUGAUGCAGCGAUCCAAAGGAGUCUAUGGUGCCGAUGACAGUGACGCACUGCCACCUCCUGUCAUAUCGCCGAACUAA